AUGCCGCGCCAUUCCGGGUUACAGCGUGAAGUGCUCGCCCUGUACCAGCGAUGUAUUCUUGCGUCCAAACGGAAGCCUACGGUGCUUCCCGGCGCCCUGAUACGUCCGCUGACAUUUGCGUGUAGGAGCGAGUUUCGACGAUAUGCAGAUGUGGACAGGAAGGACUUUGGGACAAUUGAAUUUCUUCUUCGCAAAGGACGACGCCAGCUCGAAAUCUUGGACUCCCCUGGAGUGACCCGAAUAUCCUAA